AUGUUGUAUAUGAUUGGACUAGGCCUUGCGUAUUCCACAGAUAUUACUGUGAGAGGUUUGGAGGCAGUUAGAAAAUGUAAAAAGGUUUUCUUGGAAGGAUAUACUUCUAUUUUGAUGGCUGCUGAUAAAGAGUCUCUUGAACAACUUUAUGGUAAAGAAGUGAUCAUUGCUGACCGUGAACUGGUUGAAUCUGGAUCUGAAAAGAUUCUUGAAGAUGCCAAAGACGAUGAUGUGGCAUUUCUAGUGGUGGGAGAUGUGUUUGGUGCUACCACCCAUACAGACUUAGUCAUUAGAGCCAGGGAGUUGGGCGUGAAAGUUGAGUGUAUCCAUAAUGUGUCGGUGAUGAAUGCCGUUGGUGCUUGUGGGUUACAACUAUAUAAGUUUGGACAAGCCGUGUCCAUUGUUUUCUUCACGGAUAAUUGGAGACCGGAUUCUUUCUAUGAUAAGAUCAUGGAGAACAGAAAGAUUGGACUUCAUACCCUUCUUUUAUUGGAUAUUAAGGUAAAGGAACCAGAUUUCAAAGAGUUAAUGAAAGGUCAUUUAGUGUACGAACCUCCAAGAUAUAUGUCCGUGGCACAGUGCUGCCAAGAACUCCUCGAAGUUGAAGAGAAGAGAAAGCAGGGUGCAUAUACACCUGAUACUCCAUGUGUGUCUGUUUCCCGGUUAGGAGCUGCCGAUCAGGCCUUCAAUGCGGCCACUUUGAAGCAGCUAUCCGAGUAUGAUGCCGGUAAACCUCUUCAUUCCGUAAUCAUGUUGGGUCAUCAAGUUCAUGACCUCGAGUUAGAGUAUUUGCUGGAGUAUGCUAACGACAAAGAAGCCUUCAAGGCAGCCGUUAGAAAGGAUCAGGAGAAGAGGUGA